AUGUUCGAGCACUCUGAGCAGAAGCGGAACGUGAUCUGCUCGACAGGCUUGCCGCGCGUGUCCUCGUCAGUGGCGGACUUCGGAGACGACAUGACGAUAACAAGGACGAGGGGCGAUCGGUCUAUCGGUGAGAUUCGGAGCAGAGGUCUAUAUUGGGAUGUCGGGUGA